AGAAAGAGGAAUCUUCAAACAGUGACACAUCAGCAUCCCCCUCACCAUUUCAAGAACUUUUCUAUCCAACCAAAAUGGCCUCAUGUUUUUUGUUGAACCAUAACCUCUUAUUCUUUUAUCAUAUCUUUCAAACUCAACUCUUCCACUUAAAAUACACACAAGAAUCAUAACCCCAUUUGAUAAUGCUCACAAAAACCAUCACAUAAUAUACUGAGAAAUUCCGACUUGGGAAUCCUCUUGAAGAGAAAGAGUUAACUGUCAAACUACUAAGCCAGAAAAGAUGGCUGUUUGCACAGCUUACAAUGUCAAGUCUUUGAACUCAAGCUACUCAGUCUCAACACCAGCAAAAUCCCACCUAGGAUUUCACCAAAAUCAAGUCUUUUUCUACAGCAGUGGCUCCAAGAAAACAAACUACAGGAGAUCAGGCAGCUCAGUAAUAACAUGCGCAGACUCUGGAACAAUUGUGAUUGGUUUAGCAGCUGAUUCAGGUUGCGGAAAGAGUACUUUUAUGAGGAGACUGACAAGUGUUUUCGGAGGUGCUGCAGAACCACCAAGAGGAGGGAACCCUGAUUCAAACACCUUGAUCAGUGACACUACAACUGUCAUAUGUCUGGAUGAUUAUCAUUCACUUGACAGAACUGGAAGAAAAGAGAAGGGAGUCACAGCACUUGACCCCAAAGCCAAUGACUUUGAUCUUAUGUAUGAACAAGUUAAGGCUAUUAAAGAAGGCAUUGCUGUUCAGAAGCCUAUCUACAACCAUGUUUCUGGCCUUUUGGACCCUCCAGAGCUCAUCAAGCCACCAAAGAUCCUUGUCAUCGAAGGACUACACCCAAUGUAUGAUGAAAGGGUGAGGGAUCUCUUGGACUUCAGUAUCUACUUAGAUAUCAGCAAUGAGGUUAAGUUUGCAUGGAAAAUUCAGAGGGACAUGGCAGAAAGAGGACACAGCCUCGAGAGUAUCAAAGCCAGUAUUGAAGCCAGAAAGCCUGAUUUCGAUGCUUACAUUGACCCACAAAAACAAUAUGCAGAUGCAGUUAUAGAAGUGUUGCCAACGCAGCUCAUUCCCGAUGACAAUGAGGGGAAGGUUCUCAGAGUGAAGCUGAUAAUGAAAGAGGGAGUAGAGUUUUUCAGUCCAGUUUACCUGUUUGAUGAAGGCUCCACAAUUUCUUGGAUACCUUGUGGCAGAAAACUCACUUGCUCGUACCCUGGCAUCAAGUUUGCCUAUGGUCCUGACUCCUACUUUGGCAAUGAGGUUUCUGUGUUGGAGAUGGAUGGACAAUUCGACAGAUUGGAUGAGCUCAUCUACGUCGAGAGCCAUUUGAGUAACAUUUCAACCAAAUUCUAUGGUGAGGUGACACAGCAAAUGCUAAAGCAUUCUGAUUUCCCUGGUAGUAACAAUGGAACAGGUCUUUUCCAGACCAUUGUUGGAUUAAAAAUUCGAGACCUUUACGAGCAACUUACUGCCACUAAGGCUGGAGCUCCUCUGCAAGCUACAAAAGCCUAAAACAAAAUGCACUCAGAAAUGCCGUGCAGUCACCUAAUCUUUAUUUGUUCUUCGUGAUUGUAGAUUUAAUAUUCACACACCUACAAUUUUCAUUUUAAGUCUAAUAUUCCUUAUAAGGAUGAGAUACUAUCCAUAUGUAUUUAGUUCCAGAUACUCUGUGCCUGCUUGUAAUAGAGAGAAGGAAAUUCAGAUAUGAAAGAAGAAUAUAUCCGCUUGUCUACAA